UAGGACUAACCCUAACCCAGUGUCAUAGCCUCACAUAGUCUAUUUUUCUCCAAGUGUAACCCGCAUAAAACAUUAAACCCUGUGUGUGUGUGUGUGUGUGUGUGUGUGUGUGUGUGUGUGUGUGUGUGUGUGUGUGUGUGUGUGUGUGUGUGUGUGUGUGUGUGUGUGUGUGUGUGUGUGUGUGUGUGUGUAAAGAGAAUGUGUCGGUUUAAGUGUUUUAUUUAUGCACGUGUACUUGCUUUUUCUUUUAUUAAGACUAAUCGCAAAUUUCGCCUGCGUACACAAUUUAUUCAAGUUGUAGUGUGUUUAUAUAUUACUUUUUCUUUUUUUAAUAUAAAAACAUUCCUUAUGAAUUUACCCACAUCUCGUUGAAGUGCAUUGUGGGUACGUAGCAGGUUGUAAAUGACCUCCGACCUUUUUAAGCUGAAGCAUGUGACACUUUGUUUCCAGGAUUACUUACAAUCACCACUGUCAUGUCUCAAUCAUGAUAGUUAUCAUAUUGUUGUGGUCGUUCUUAUUGUGUAGGAAUUCAAUGUACAUCAAACCAUAUUAACACAGAUUGACAGGAUAGGCAGAAUCAAAUUUGGAGAUUAUACUUUUUGGGACCAGAGUUUAAGAUGUUAUAAUGUCCCUGACUCGUGACUAUGUCUUAUUUCUACGUUCUUAUGUUCCUACUGUCUCUGUGAAGUCAUACUCUCAUUUAAUAGUGGUAGGAAGAUGCUUAUACUCUGUAUAUGUGUAUAGAUCUAUAUAUCUAUAUAUAGAUAUAGAUAUAGAUAUAGAUAUAGAUAUAGAUAUAUAUAUAUAUAUAUAUAUAUCUAUAUAUAUAUAUAUCCUUUAAUUUCAUUUCGAUUAUUUUGUGUGUUUCUUUGCUCAAGAUCAUAACACAUCUUACUUUUUCGGUACCAUGUGUAAAUAUUGUAUAUUAAGUUAUUGUUCUUAUUGUAAAUAUGACACGGGAAGCAUGGAGUUAAUAUUACCAUAAAACUUCCAAAGAAGCUUUGGCCAUGAGCAAAUACCCCAUACGGUCCACGCCUGCAGGGCAUUUAAAUGAAGACACUAUCUUAAUGGCUCUGAUGUACCAUUACUGUUUGAAAUGUCCAACAUUAAUAAAUUGUUAAGCAACUGGACUUCUUGACGAUUUUAUUUCUGUUUUGCUUCAAACACUUUAGAGAUGAGUUUUGACAUUUUGGUCUAAUCGCCUUUAAAAUCCGUUGUCAUGGGCAACGUUGUCAGUGAUCAACGCGCAUGUCUGUUGAAGGUUAAACGCUCCGGCUUCUAAAGCUAACAGGUUUAAAUCGUGACAAACCUGUGGUUUACUUUGCUUUUAAUUGCGCAAAAAUAGUAAUGGUGAGACCCCUCACCGACAUCCCGACGAAUGAUACUAUAAUAAUGAGUUGUGUAACUUUGUUUCGUCAACACGCCGUAAGGCCAAAUAUGAGCUGAUGUGUGAGGCUGGCCGGGAGGUGCGAGGCUAACGUUAGCAUCGAUCAGCUCCAGUCUAAAAUAGUUCCGCUGUCCCCUCAGCACAGCGGAUGUCGAGCCGCCACCUCCCGCCGGUCAGGAACCUGCCGCACUGGACAAGAGUCGGCUUUCUGGACAAAUCUGGCGUUUCAAAUUCACGACCACCGAAACCCCUGCAGCCCCUGAUCCGAGCAGACCCCGAGGCGGUGCGGGCGGCUGGGGGAGGCGGAGAGAGGGGCCGCUCCCCCGGGGUCAUGGUGGCGGUGCGGGCGGCCGGGGGAGGCGGAGAGAGGGGCCGCACCCCCGGGGACAGGGGCCGCUCCCCUGGGGACAUGGUGGCGAACACCCGCGUAGCGUCGCUCCAGAGGAACAUCACGUUCCUGCAGCAGCAACACGGGGAUACGCUCCACAAGCUGCAUUCUGAGAUAGACGACCUCAAGCGAGAGAAUAAAGAUUUGCAGUAUAAACUGAUAAUGGAUCCUCCAAAAUUAAGCCGAAAAAGUGCAGCCUCGACACACCCAAGUCAGCGGGGGCUCCGGCCCCCUACUCAGGGAGGUGACGCCAGCAGAGGGCUCUACCUGGAGCGGCCCCUGCAGGCGGCCCACUGCCCCUACCAGGACCCCCAGCACACAGCCAGCGCGGCCGUUCCUGAAGCCCGAGCAGCGGGGCCGGUGGAGCGCGGCCCGGGGUUGCUCGGGGGGCUCAUCACCUCCCUCCAGCCGCUGCGUAUCCAUAGCAGCCCGGUGCACCACCCCAGGGCCCCCACCCUGCCGGAGUGUGAGGUCAUCAUCAGACAGCUCUACAACACCAACAGUCUGCAAUCUCAAGAGAUUAUACGCAUUAAAGCCGUUCUGAGAGACAUCGUGUUCCACAAGAAGAUCAGCCCAGAGAACUACAUCCUGACCAAGGCCUUCCUUGGAGACGGGCCCCGCAAGACUUUGUCGACAGAGAGGUUUCCACCGCUCGCACAUAAACAGCUCCCAAAGAAAACCCCCAGGCCACCUCAGCCCAGGGAGGCGGACGCAGUGAUCCUCCCGGCGCUGAAGCAUCAGAGUCUGAGCUCCACCAUCCUAGAGAGACAAAGGAGGGGCCAGGCGGCGCAGAGGAGCCGCUUGAAACGGACCAUGCAGUGAGCAAGCUCCAGGUGUCUCAAAAUGUGUUCACGACUCCCACAGGGCCCCCUCAGGGCCCCCUCAGGGCCAUCCCACCAGACGAAGUACAAACAUCAAACAAGGAACUCAAAAUGAACUAUGGCAUGAAGCUGAGGUCAGACUAAAGCUCACAAAUGCGUCCUCAUGUAUGCGGCUCCAUGGUUUGAAACAUCCACUCGGUAGAAUAAACUUUAACAUGACUUUGAUUCUUAUGCGUGCAUGCGUUUCAUUGUAUUAGCAAAUUAUACAAAAACAGCGCCCUCUAGUGGUGGAAGAACUAAUUUGAUGUACAGCACUGUCCCCAAACCGACCAAAUCCAUUAGUCUAGCUAUUGCCAGACCAAGCUCAAUCAAAGAUUGCACGUUGGUCUGGGGAAGCUGCCGUCAUUUUCUUCAGCACAAGAGGCUUGAUGAACAGGCCUAGUUCAACUGACUCUGUACGCGAUUGGCUACUUGCCGUCGCUUCUCUGACGUCAUUGUGUUAAACCAGCCAAUAGUGCGCCUAGGGGAAAAGCCAGCUUGGUGAUUGGCUCCCACAAAAUCGUAUCGGAAGCAGAAAGAAAUGUAUUGCUCUUCUCCAGACCCUUGUGCAGGGCGAACUCAAAUCGCAGGCAGAAUGGGCGGGGCUACCCAGUCUACAAAUCCAUAACAGUCUGGCUAGAUUUAGCCUUUAUAUUAAUACGCAUUCACUGAGGAUUUGUAAUGACAUUGCCAUACCUAUGUCAAACUUAUGAAAAUAUAUGAAGAUCAUAAAAAUUACUUGAAACGACUACUGAGACUUUAUUAAACUCUAGGUCAGCGAUCUACCCUAGGUCAGUCAGUAAUUUAAGAGGUCCCAUUGUUUGAAUAUGCAAGUUUGACUCACUCAACGAUGACUACUUUAUGCAAAAGUAGUCAUCGUCAGCCCUCCUCCACCAGGGGCUGUUCCUAUGAAGGAAGUUGCUUUCACAAUGAAUAGAGACAUGCCUACAGACUGUUGUGUGGCAUUGUCUGUGGUUAAUAAAAAUAAACCACUUUGUUAUUAACGAAAGAGUAAAGCCAAGUCUUCUAUACAGCUUCCUUGUUACUCACUCUAUUUUGCACAUAUUCGGGACGACCUCACAUGUUCC